GGAGAGCAAUGACCGAGCACCUGAUGAAAAUACUGAUUAUUGGUGAUGGAAAUGUUGGGAAGUCUUCAUUCCUGCAUCGCUAUGUCAGCGGACAGUUCAACAAGAUCUACAAGAUGACAAUAGGAGUGGAUUUUUCUGUGAAGCUUCUGCACUGGUCAGAUACAGAAAAGGUUAAACUGCAGUUGUGGGAUCUUGCAGGCCAUGAGCGUUUCAUAUCCAUGACCAGACUCUAUUGUAAAGGGGCACUGGGCUGUGUUGUGAUGUUUGACGUCACCAGCUCGUCCAGCUUCCUCAACUGUCGCCAGUGGAAACAGGACCUUGACAAAAAGGCUAUGCUGCCCAAUGGACACCCCAUCCCCUGCAUCCUGCUGGCCAACAAGUGUGACCUCAGUCAGCGCAUUGUGACAGCAGACAGCAUAGACAGAUUCAGUAAGGACAACGGCUUCAUCGCAUGGAUGGAGAUUUCAGUCAAAGAGAAUAAGAACAUCAGAGAAGCUAUGAGGAGGUUGGUAAAGGAGAUUCUGUCGGUUCAGUCCAGCCUGGAACUGCCGCAAUGCAAACCUGAGGACAUUGUUCAUCUGGACUCAGAAAUCAACAAGGCCCCACAGUCAAGCUGCUGCUGAAACACAAUCACAAAGACUCUAUUUAAAUGGUCUUCCCUGGGUAACAAAAUGUCUCAAAAUUCUGGGUAAAUGACGACAUCCAGGACACCCCAUGCCACCAACACAACUGAUUGCUUGUGCUGGGACACUCUUUGCCCCAGCACAUGUGUCCCAUGUGUUUGUUUGUGAGGAUCUGAGGAAGAAAAUACACUAACAGUAAAAGACUGAAGUCAUACACUUUGACAAGUUAGCAGAGAAGCCUCAAAGCCAAAUCCCUUUUUUUCCAGUGUGUAACCCCCGUUUCAGUUCUCAAACUUCUAUUAACCACAAUUAGCGAAAUUCGGGAAAGUUACAGACAUCAGUGACUAAGGGUAUAAAGCUUUCAAUUAAAUGUCUAAAAUGAGGGACAGACAGUGAGAACCAGGAGGAGAAAGAGGCUUGAAGAGAAGCAGAAGGAGCAUAGGGAAGGUGUGUGUAUGGUUAUUGAAGGGAAGGCUUCUUGGUGAGAGAACGAGGUGUGGAGUGUGCUCAGUAGAGCUGCCAAGUCAUCUCCUCCAACACACUGAGUCAGUCCCACACAUGGUGUCCCCAUGCAAGCAGCGAGGGGUGUGUGUAUGCCAGUAAGGCAAAUGGUGAGUACUGUUGAAUGUGUGCACGCGUGUGUUCGCAUGUGUGUGUCUAUUAGAUGGAGGCACGUGGAUAUGCAUGUGUCUCCAGUUCUUUUCAGACAUGGAGCUGUUAAAGUGACAGCUUCAGACAUGAGUGGCUUUUAAUUUACUGUUAAAGACGUCAAAGGCUCACACACAUGCUGUCCGAGAUUCUGCUUUUGAUUUGACUUUUUCUGUCAGUUUUUUUCUUUUUCUUUUCUUUUUGUAAAUGCUCGGAUGUUGUCACACAUUUGACUGGUAAACAACUAAUUUGAGUAGAACUUCAGAAAACAACCGGACGUCUUGGUCAUCACUGCCACCUGUCCAUUUGAACUAAACAUCACAGCCUUUUACGUUGUCAAGCUGCUCUGAAAGGAGAGUGGAACCGAGUCUGUUUCUUGGGAGAUACAAAAUUUUGUGCCUGAAUGGACAAAAAAAAAAUGUAAAUAUGUACAAAUGUUGUAACCUUAUUAAAGCGUU